AUGGCACUGGCGAUCCUGCGGGACUGGUGCAAGUGGAGAGGCAUGAACGCACAGCGCUCCCUGCUCAUCCUGGGCAUCCCGGACGACUGUGAGGACCAGGAAUUCCAGGAGGCCGUGCGGGCUGCCCUGUGGCCCCUGGGCAGGUACCGAGUGCUGGGCCAGGUCUUCAGAAAGGAGCUGGGGACCAGCGUGGCCCUGGUGGAGUUUGCUGAAGGCAAGCAGUACCUGGCAGGGCAGGUGACGCAGCAGCUGCAGAUGUGGCAGGAGCUCCAGGUGAGGAAGGAGCUCCAUGUGAGGCAGGAUCUGCAGGUGAGACAGGAUGUGAAGGUGAGGAGGGAGCUGCAGGUGAGGAGGGGGAUGCUGGUGAGGAAGGCUCUGAAGGUGAGGGAGGAUGUGAAGGUGAGGGAGGAUGUGAAGGUGAGGCAGGAUGUGAAGGUGAGGCAGGAUGUGAAGGGAGCUCCAGGUGAGGCGGGAACUGCAGGUGAGGAAGAAGGUGCAGGUGAGGAGGGCGCUGCAGGUGAGGAGGAAGUUGCUGAUGUGGCAAGACCUGCAGGUGAGGAAGAAGCUGCAGGUGAUGAGAGAGCUGCAGGUGAGGAAGAAGCCGCAGGUGAUGAGAGAGCCGCAGGUGAUGAGAGAGCUGCUGGUGAGGAAGAAGCUGAGGGGGAGGCAGGAGCCAAGGGGGAGGCAGAUGCCCAGGGGGAGGCAGGAGCUGAAGAUGAAGCAGGAGCGUCAGAUGAAGAGGGAGCUGCAUGUGACACAGGAGUUGCAGGUGUGGCAGGAAUUGUGAGUGUGGCAGGAGCUGCAGGUGAGGAGGGAGCUACAGCCGAGGCUGGAGCUGCAGGUGAACAGGGAGCUGCAGGUGAGGAAGAGGCUGCAGAUACAGCAGGAGCUGCAGGUGUGUCAAAAUCCCGAGGUGAGGCAGAAGCUGAAGAUGUGGCAGGAACUCCAGGAGCGGCAGGAGCCGCAGAUGAGGAAGAAGGUGCAGGUGAGGAGGGAGCUGCAGGUGAGGAGGAAGUUGCUGAUGUGGCAAGAGCUGCAGGUGAGGAGGAAGUUGCUGAUGUGGCAAGAGCUGCAGGUGAGGAAGAAGCUGUAGGUGAUGAGAGAGCUGCAGGUGAGGAGGGAGCUGCAGGUGAGGAGGGAGCCGAGGGGGAGGCAGGAGCCCUGGGGGAGGCAGGAGCUGAAGAUGAAGCAGGAGCAUCAGAUGAAGAGGGAGCAGCAGGUGACACAGGAGUUGCAGGUGUGGCAGGAUCUGUGACAGUGGCAGGAGCUGCAGGUGAGGCAGAGGCUCCAGGUGAGGAAGAGGCUGCAGGUGUGGCAAGAGCCAUGGAUGAGGCAGGAGGCUGGACCCAGCAAUGGCGGGAGACCUUGCAGCCUCUGCUCGACAGCAUGGCCUACCAGGAACUGAGACCUUUUUCUGGGUUGGAAGAGCCGUGCUGUGGAGAAGAGUCUUUUGAGAGCUGGCUGGACCAUACCAACGACAUGCUGUACCUGUGGCGCCACAUAUCGGAACGGGAGAGGAGGAGGAGGCUGGUGGAGAGCUUGGGUGGCCCGGCACUGGAUCUCAUGUGCGGCCUCCUGGAUGAAAAUCCCGACAUCCCUGCACAGGACUGCCUGGCCGCGCUGGUGCAAGCGUUUGGUAACAAGGACGCCCGGAUGACCGCACGGCUGAAGUUCCUGACUUGUGCCCAGAGGCCCCAGGAGACUCUCUUUGCCUACGUGAUGCGCCUGGAGGGCCUGCUGCAGGCGGCCAUGGAGAAGGGGGCCAUCCAGGCCGCCAUCGCAGACCAGCUGCGCGCCAGGCAGGUGCUGAUGCGAGCCCACCCCAACGAGACGCUCCAGAACAAGCUGAGGAGGAUGCGUCUGGAGAGGAGACCGCCUGGCUUCCUGGGGAUGCUGCAGCUCAUUCGGGAGACCGAGGCGUGGGAGGCCACCCCAGGUACAAGUGAGCAGUUCCAAGUGGAAGAAGGGGCCCAUGUGGACAUUGGAGACCUAAUCGCCUCCCAGGCUGCCUCGGCCCAUGAAUACGGUGCUGAGGUCUCCUCAGCCAGUGAAGAUGCUGCCUGGGCUGCCUCGGCCCACGAAGGUGCUGCCAGGGCUGUCCCACCCAGUGAAGGUGCUGCCCGGGCUUCCCCGGUCAGUGAAGGUGCUGCCGAGGUCUCCCCAGGCUGGGAAGAUGCUGUGCAGGGUGCCCCAGCCAGUGAAGAUGCUGCCCAGGGUGCCCCAGCCCGCGAAAGUGCUGCCCGGGCUGCCCCAGCCAACGAGGUCAUCACCGAGUGCACCCCUGCCACUGCAGAAGGAGCCAAGGCCUCAUCAGGUAACAAAGAUACCGCCGAAGCUGCCCUUUCCAAGGAAGACACCAUCGAGGCUGUUCCGGCCAAUGAAGAGGCCGAUGAGGCAGUUCCUGGCACAGUCGACCCUGGAGAGGCUGCUUCUGACAGCCAUGAUGCUGCCAGGGCAGCCCCUGCCCAUGAGGAGACCAUCAAGGUCUCCCCUGCCAUUCAGGAAGAAGAAAAUACUCCCACCCCUGUGGGCCUAGGUCAGGCGGGACCCUCAGAGGCCCCGGGGGGCCCCACCCCAGCCCAGAUGGGCAGUGCUUCUGGGGCAGGCCCAGGAGGUCCUGGCAGUAAGCCAGAGGGCGUUGCUCCGGCAGGAGACCAGGAGGUCGGGGAGCCCCCUGAGAAGGGGCUCAAGCCCAUCCAGGAGGAGUCGGGAAACAAGGACGGGGCUGGGGAGAUGAGCCCCCCCAAGUCCUCCUUGGGCUGAUAGGCUCAGAAUGCCCAGGGCCCUCUCUCCUCUUGGGCAGCAGAGCCCUGGAGGCAGGGGGAGGCCAGGCCAGGGCAGCCACCUCACCCCACAUGUGGAGCAGGGCCAUGGGAGGGGCCCCCUCAGCCAAAACCAAGCCCCUGGCCCCCAACAAUCCCCAAGUGGCCCUGAUCACUGCUAUCAGCCCUUCCAAGUGACUGAGAUCACCAUGUGUGACCCCAGAGGGGAGGGGCGAGGUGUUUCCCCAUGGCAGCACCACACCCAGCCCCAGCGCCAGCCCCAGCCCCAGCCCCAGCCCCAAACCCUGCCAACUAGGGAAGCCAGCCUGGGGGCUCCCUUGAGUGGUGGGUUUGGGCUAGGUCAGGGGCACCUGAAGACGUCUGCCACCCGCAAUGGCCAGGGAGAUGUUAGAGGUCAUCUCAAGGUUGCCAGCCACCUGGGCCUCCCAAGAGGGGGACCCCUAUUCACCGUCCCCUGGGGCAGGCUGGUCCCUGUUCUGGGAAGCCCACUUGUGUCUCUGUAGGCCCUAAGGUGACCCAGGUGUCAAGUAAUCCCCACCCCACCCCACACACACAUGUGGUCAUUUCUGUGCAGCGCUGUGAGGCGUGCGUGAACACGGGCUGGGUGUCCUGGCCUACUGGGACAGCCCCCUCUCGGCCCCGGCAUGUGCUGUGAGCUUCAGUGCCAGCCAAGGCCCUGCGCGCUCUCGUCCAGUGCCGUGAGCUCAACUCUGCUUUCUCGGUGUAGAUUCAAGCCAACCGCUGCUUGUUCUUGUGGAGAUGUGUGUGUGCUUAUCUGAGCAGUUCCCCCACCACCCCACCCCAGAGACCCCCGAGCCCAGGUCCAGGAGAUGCCGGGAAGGAUGGACAGAGGAGGGCUCUGC